UACGAUAGACGUUUAUGAAAAAUUUAUUUAAACCAAGUUUUAAGUUUAUUCAACAUGCAGUGGUGUCACAUUAGUUUUAUUUUAGUUCUAAGUUUAAUUGUUGUUGAUUUUUCCAGUGGAUUAUCAGUGAAUUCUUAUCAUGAAGAAUCCAAAGAAGAUUUUGCAAAGACUUUAUUAUCAGUUAUUGCGUUUUUUAGACAUGGCGAACGAAUACCUGACAAAAUGACAGAUUACCCAGCAAAUCCGUAUAAAAAUUAUUCAUAUUUUCCAUAUGAGUUGGGUGAUUUAACAAGAAAAGGACAAAAAACAAUGAUUGAAUUAGGACUUUUGCUUAAAAAACGAUAUAAAGCUUUUCUUGGUGAUAGAUAUUUCGGUGGAUUAAUUAGUUCAACAUCAUCUUCAUAUAUUCGAUGUCAAAUGAGUUUGCAAGCCUUGCACGCUGGUUUAUUUUGGACUAACAAUUGGAAUGCUGUCGAAGGACUUCCUUGGCAACCAAUUCCUUAUCAAACAUUACCAAUCAACAACGAUUAUGUGUCGAUUUUCAAAACUUGCCCAUCAGUUUUAACCAAUAUUACUAUUCCUGAACUUGACAUGGAAACUCAGGAAGUUUUUGAUUAUCUUAAACAACAUUCUGGAUAUGAUGAAAUAGAUUACAUGCGUGCUUUGACUAUUUUUGAUCAUACCAAAACUAACCUUGAAGUUGGAUUGGACCCACCUGAUUGGUUAAAGAAAAUUUAUCCGGAACCAUUAAAAUCUGUAGGAAUGAAGUUUUGGAAACUGGUCAUUGAUCAAAAACAAAGAAUUGGCGCCGGACCGCUUUUGCAAAGAAUCGUGCAACAUGCAGAGUUGAGUAAUCAAGGAGUAUCGAUUACUAAAAUGUUUCUUUAUGCUGGUCAUGAUAUAACAAUCCACUUUUUGUUGAAUGCUUUAAAUUCUUGGAAAAGUGAAAUUGUUGAGUAUGGUGCUUUGCUUUUGUUUGAAUUGCAUAAAAUUCAUGAUACGGUUGGGUUUAAAGUGUUUUUCCGAAAUAAUGCUGGCGGAUUGGAGGACGGAGCCAUUUACAUUCCAAAUUGCGGAUUGUUUUGUCCUCUAAAGCAGUUUAUUAAACUUGUAGAACAUACAUAUAAUCCAACAUUAAGCAAAAAUAUCACUUUGGCAGUUUAUUAAAUUUACGGCAAAAGACGCAAAUGUAAAAUUGACUUCAUGCUAAAUAAAUGUUUGUCACUAAAAUAGUUUAACAUAGUUAUAAAACUUAAAUAAAAUGUAAAUGUAUGUGUUGCUUUUACAUAUGUUGAGAGAUAUACCUCUAGAUAAUUAUUUAUUUACUUAUUUAUUUCCGUGAUCAUGAAUCAUAUAGCUGUGUGAGUCAUUACUCUACAAAUGUAUUCAUUUACACAAUUAAAUUAAAAGUUGUAUUUAAAAUUAGCUUAAUACUUUCUUUAUUACAAAGUCUGGAUGUAAAAAAACCUUUUAAAAAUACAAAUUUUUAAAUCAGUAGUACAUAA